UAACUGUUUUUAUAGGUGCUAUAUAUAGAAGCUUGCAAUGGCCAGCUACCAUAACAAACAAUUCAGCUUAAUACACAUCCCUUAAAUCUUUUACCCCCCUCCCCAUUCUCUCCAAAAUGGACUGGACUAGAGGCCAAAUCAUUGGCCGUGGCUCAUCAGCCACCGUCUCGAUGGCCAGGGCCAACCUGUCCGGUCAGGUCUUUGCGGUGAAGUCAGCUGAACUAUCAAAAUCGGAGUCACUUCAAAAGGAGCAAAUUGUUCUUUCAACAUUAAGGUGUCCGCAAAUUGUAGCAUAUAAGGGCUGCGACAUUACUAAUGAAAAUGGUAAGGUCUUGUACAAUCUUUUCUUGGAGUAUGCAUCCGGUGGCACGCUUAUCGAUGUAAUUCGGGAGGGUGGAGGUUGUCUUGACGAGGACAUGAUCCGAUCGUAUGCUCGGACAAUUUUGCUCGGCCUCGAGUAUCUUCAUUGUAAUGGCAUAGUGCAUUGUGACAUCAAGGGUCACAAUAUUUUGGUCACUAGUGAUGGGGCAAAAAUUGCUGACUUGGGUUGUGCUAAGCGGGUUGAUGAGGUGUCAGAGGCAGAUUGGGGCACGACGGCAACAAUUUCAGGCACACCACUUUACAUGGCACCCGAAGCGGCGCGUGCUGAACACCAAGGGUUCCCUGCUGAUAUAUGGGCUGUUGGGUGUACCAUGGUCGAGAUGGCCACCGGACAGGCUCCAUGGUUGAAUGUCUCGGACCCAGUUUCAGCUCUUUACCAGAUUGGGUUUUCGGGCAACGCGCCAGAGAUUCCAAGCUUCAUGUCUAAGCAAGCAAGGGACUUUUUGAGCAAGUGCUUGAAGAGGGACCCGAUGGAAAGGUGGUCAGCCAGUGAAUUACUUAAACAUGAUUUUAUUAUUGAAGAGCCAAAUCUUAUUUUAAAGGAAAACAAUAGCUCAAAAGCAGACACUCCAACAUGUGUUCUGGAUCAAGUCUUGUGGGACUCAAUGGAGAAGUUAGAGACAACUUGGGAUUCGACCCAGAAUACUUCUCUGGUCUCUCCAUUCGAAAGAAUCAAGCAAUUGACUGAAGGCAAUGGAAAAGCACACAGCUGGUCGACAUGGGAUGAUGCUUGGGUCACAAUAAGAGGCAACAAAAGUAGCAAAGAACAAGAAAUGGUUUCUUGCAGUGAGGAUUAUAACAUGGCAUAUGCCAAUGGAUCCGUUGAAAAUAGUGGGGCGGAGAUAGCUUCGCUUAGCAUGGAAUAUAACCUUGUCGUUCUUAACGAGCCCACAAGUAUUAGUGGGAAUAAUACAUGUAAUAACACUAGCAGUGGUGGUAGCUGUGGUGAUGGCAGAAGGCAUAAAAUAUUGUUGAUGCCUUGUGCAGGUAGAGAAGAUGCUUUAUGUAAGCCAUUCGAAUUUUGUGAAGGAAAUAAAGUUCUGUUUUCCACAUCGCAAUGCUUAGCUUGCUUAUCUUCAUAUACUGUAGCCAUGGUUGUUCAAAAUUACAUAUCUAGUCAUACGAAACCUGCUGAAUUUAAUGGUCCAAACUAGUU